AUGAGAGAGCUCGUCAACAUUCCACUGCUACAGAUUCUCACCCUGGUUGCCUUCAGUGGGACUGAGAAACUUCCAAAAGCUCCUGUCAUCACCACACCUCUCGAAACUGUAGAUGCCUUAGUUGAAGAAGUGGCAACUUUCAUGUGUGCUGUGGAAUCCUACCCUCAGCCUGAGAUUUCUUGGACCAGAAAUAAAAUCCUCAUUAAGCUGUUUGAUACCCGCUACAGCAUCCGGGAGAAUGGCCAGCUCCUCACCAUCCUGAGUGUGGAGGACAGUGAUGAUGGCGUCUAUUGCUGCAUAGCCAAUAAUGGAGUGGGAGGAGCUGUGGAGAGCUGUGGUGCUCUUCAAGUGAAGAUGAAACCUAAAAUAACUCGCCCUCCCAUUAAUGUAAAAAUAAUAGAGGGAUUAAAAGCUGUUCUACCAUGCACGACAAUGGGCAACCCCAAGCCAUCUGUCUCCUGGAUCAAAGGGGACAGUGCUCUCAGGGAAAAUUCCCGCAUUGCAGUUCUUGAAUCGGGGAGCUUAAGGAUCCAUAAUGUACAAAAGGAAGAUGCAGGACAGUACCGAUGUGUGGCAAAAAACAGCCUGGGCACAGCUUAUUCCAAACUGGUGAAGCUGGAAGUUGAGGAAGACAGUGAACCUGAGCAGGACACUAAAGUUUUUGCAAGAAUCCUGCGUGCUCCUGAGUCCCACAAUGUCACCUUUGGUUCCUUUGUAACCCUACGAUGCACAGCAAUAGGCAUUCCUGUCCCCACCAUCAGCUGGAUUGAAAACGGAAAUGCUGUUUCCUCAGGGUCCAUUCAAGAGAGUGUGAAAGACCGGGUGAUUGAUUCAAGACUCCAGCUCUUUAUCACCAAGCCAGGACUCUACACAUGCAUAGCUACCAAUAAGCAUGGAGAGAAAUUCAGUACAUCAAAGGCAGCAGCCACUGUCAGUAUAGUAGGUAGACCUCCCUGGAAUCCCAAAGAAACUAGUUUCCUAUGGACACCUCCUUUCCUGUUAACAGAGUGGAGUAAAUCACAGAAAGACAACAAAGGCUACUGCGCCCAGUACAGAGGGGAGGUGUGUGAUGCAGUCCUGGCGAAAGAUGCUCUUGUCUUUUUCAACACCUCCUACUCAGACCCUGAGGAGGCCCAAGAGCUGCUGAUCCACACUGCAUGGAAUGAACUGAAGGCUGUGAGCCCACUCUGCCGACCAGCUGCGGAAGCCCUGCUGUGUAACCACCUCUUCCAAGAGUGUAGCCCUGGAAUGGUACCUACUCCCAUGCCCAUUUGCAGAGAGUACUGCUUGGCAGUAAAGGAGCUGUUCUGUGCAAAGGAAUGGCUGGCGAUGGAAGGAAAGACCCACAGAGGACUCUUCAGCUCAGGGAUGCAUCUCCUCCCGGUGCCAGACUGCAGCAAGCUUCCCAGCAUGCACCGGGACCCGAUGUCCUGCACAAGACUGCCAUAUUUAGAUUAUAAAAAAGAAAACAUAACAACAUUCCCAUCAAUAACAUCCUCCAAGCCAAGUGUGGACAUUCCAAAUAUGCCUUCUUCCACCUCUUCCUUGGCUGUCUCGCCUGCAUACUCCAUGACUCUCAUCAUCUCUAUCAUGUCCAGCUUUGCCAUUUUUGCUCUUCUUACCAUCGCUACUCUUUACUGCUGCCGAAGAAGGAAAGAGUGGAAAAAUAAGAAAAGAGAGUCAGCAGCAGUGACCCUCACCACAUUGCCUUCUGAGCUCCUACUGGACAGACUCCAUCCCAACCCCAUGUACCAGAGGAUGCCACUCCUUCUGAAUCCCAAGUUGCUCAGCCUGGAGUAUCCCAGAAAUAACAUUGAAUAUGUCAGAGACAUUGGAGAGGGAGCAUUCGGAAGGGUCUUUCAAGCAAGGGCUCCAGGCUUACUUCCUUACGAACCCUUCACUAUGGUGGCUGUGAAGAUGCUCAAGGAGGAGGCCUCGGCAGACAUGCAAGCUGACUUUCAGAGGGAAGCAGCCCUCAUGGCAGAGUUUGACAACCCCAACAUCGUGAAGCUCUUAGGCGUGUGUGCGGUAGGAAAGCCUAUGUGUCUGCUCUUUGAGUACAUGGCUUAUGGUGACCUCAAUGAGUUCCUCCGUAGCAUGUCCCCUCACACUGUAUGCAGCCUCAGCCAUAGUGACCUGUCCACGAAGGCUCGGAUGUCCAGCCCCGGUCCUCCACCACUGUCCUGUGCAGAACAGCUCUGCAUUGCCAGGCAAGUGGCAGCUGGUAUGGCCUACCUCUCCGAGCGCAAGUUUGUCCACCGGGACUUAGCCACCAGGAACUGCCUGGUCGGGGAGAACAUGGUGGUGAAAAUUGCAGACUUUGGCCUCUCCAGGAACAUCUACUCUGCAGACUACUACAAAGCUAAUGAAAACGAUGCCAUCCCUAUCCGUUGGAUGCCACCCGAGUCCAUCUUCUACAACCGCUACACCACGGAAUCAGAUGUGUGGGCCUAUGGUGUGGUCCUCUGGGAGAUCUUCUCCUAUGGCCUGCAGCCCUACUAUGGGAUGGCCCAUGAGGAGGUCAUUUACUAUGUGAGAGAUGGCAACAUCCUCUCCUGCCCCGAGAACUGCCCCUUGGAACUGUACAACCUCAUGCGCCUGUGUUGGAGCAAGCUGCCAGCAGACAGACCCAGCUUCUGCAGUAUCCACCGGAUCCUGCAGCGCAUGUGCGAGAGAGCAGAGGGAACAGUUGGGGUCUAGGGUUGACUGUGCUCAAACAACACCCAGUAGGCUCUUUUCAGACUGUGAGCUGGAGGAACUCUUCAGCAGAAGCCAGAUAGCACCAGAGAGGGAAGAGUUUAACAUAGAAAUCAUGAGCCAGUUGCUUGUUUGCCACAAGAAACAGAUCGUGAAAAACCCACAGGGUAGAAGGUUCUCAUUGAAAUGGUUUGUUGGAAACACAAGCUAGGAAACGUAAGAGGACGGUAAGUAGCUCCCUCCCAGGGUCAGUUCCUAAUACAUACUAUAAUGAGAAUGCCCUGGUUCCGUUCCUAUAUCACCCUUCAGAGCGACACUGCUGUGCUUGCUUAAAUCCAUAGCUAGAUGUGCAGUUUCAUUUUUGAUGGAAGACGUUCUGUCCAUUGCAAUGACAAUGAGUCUCUGUACGCAUUUAGGUAAGGACAGAAAACUAAAGUCGGGAAAGCACUCUUUGACCACUCAAGACACACUAUAGAUCCUUUCUGUUGCUUUACUUGUUUCUCGUGUUGAAUGUGCAAUCACAUAUUUGCAUUCUAGAGUUGUACAUCUAUUUCACUGAUGGGUUUUUAAGGGAUAAAAAGUGGAAACUGACAAGCUCUAUACUGACCACACAUCCUGGCUUCUUCUCUGCCUGUUCUCCAACAGAAGCCCUUCCUCGGAGUGUGCUCAUCAUGGAGGUGUUCACCUCACUCAUCUGGUUUUUAUGCAAUUUUUUUCAUAAUUUACUAGUCCACCUGUUUUUUAGGGGGAACUAUAGUGGCACAUUUUCCUUAAAAUAACAUAGGCCACAGAUACAUUUUUCAUCUCUGUCAAGUAUGAUCUCUUUCUUCUCUACAUGCUCUUGAAUUUGCCAUACAGUAAUUAUGUUGCCACAGGCCACUAAAUAUCAUAAAACUUGAGGUAUAAUGUCAGAUAUUGCAAGAUGCUUUGUGGUCCAGAGCUAUUUCACAGGAAUGUUUUUGUGCAUUCUGACGUGUUAUCUUUUUAGAAGGCAUUUUGAUUGAUUGGUCCUAUGAUUAGCAGAGCACUAUUUUGUAACUUCUGCCACCAUGGAUCAAACCAUCUUGUUACUUAAUAUGAUUUUUUUAACUUCCUGGACUCAGGACCUUCACGUGUGGGGGUGAUUUUUCAUCUGUAUGUUGUUUCAAAGCCUACACAAUAUGCCUUGUUAUUGUCUCCCUAAGUGUUUUCAAUGAUUAGAAAGAAAGCCUAUAUUAGUAUUAUCAAUUUAAACUGAUCUUAACAUCCAAUGGAUGGCAUAUUUGUCUCAGAUAAGUUUUAAGUUUUGAGAUAAAACCACUAGGUUAUUUCCUUGGUAGCUGGUUAGAAUGUGAUGUGGUGUAGGAACAUGUCCAGUACAGCAAUUAAAAGGGGGAGAUAUGUGAUCACGUACAGGAUGGUUUCAGUAAGUCACCAGCAAGUCUACAUAAGUGUCCAGAUACCAAUCACACCAAAAGUUUGCACAUGAUGCCAAAACAUGUUCUCUGGAAUUAGGAUAGAGCAGAAAAAGAAAACUCCCCAUCACUUCGUAGUUUAUUGUGAAUCUGUUACAUGUCAUUGUUAUUCUAAAAACUAAUGUAACUUCUCAAUAUCGACUUUAUGGAUAUCCCAUGAUUUAAUCAAUCUUAGAUUUUUGAACAUGUAAGGUUCUCCUGAUUUUUAUCACCUACUUCUGUACACAUCCCUCAAUAUCUCUUAGUGGAAAUUCUAGGAGAGAGAUAUAUGGACAAUCUUGGCUUUUGCUAUGGGGCCUGGAGAGAAGUCUCAGCAGUUAAGAGCAUAUACUGCUCUCACAAAGACUGGAAUUUAGUUUUCAGAAGUCUCCUUGCAACCACCUGUAAUUCCAGGUCCCAGGUGGUUCUAAAGUCUCCGGCCUCUGAGGACACCUGCACUCAUGUACACAUACCCACACACAGAUACCCACAAUAUACACAAUUAAAAUAAUAAUAAAAAUAAAAAUAUAUUGUCAUAGUCUCUAGAAAUGUUGUUAUCAUAGCUGCAUUGCACGAGAUAACUCAUAACACUAAGUACUUGCUAUGAUAGAAAAUUAAUACUCUUAUUAAUUUUGUGUGGGGGGGAACACAGUGUCAUGGUGCACAUGGAGAGAUCAGAGGACAACCUCUAGUGUCAGCCCUCAUCUCCUACCUUGUUGGAGACACGGUCUUUUAUUGUUUGCCACUGGCCUGAGAGCUUGUGGGGAUUCUCCUGUUUCCACUUCCAUUGUACUGUAGAAGCUUGGAGAUUAGAGCCUGAAUCCUAAAGGUCACAAAUUCCAAGCCAGAUUCGACUACAUGCUUAACAAAACUCUGUCUCAGAAAGCAAAAGUGAGAGUUGAAAUCUUCUUUUUCCUACAUCAUUUAUAGUUUUAUUUUAGUAAUUGCCUGCACUCUAUUUUCUAUUGUGUUCAUUUUAGAAUUGUAAUGUAAGGUUUAUUUUAUAAAAAGCAUAUUAUGCUUCUGUUAUACUUUAUAUGAAGAGAAAAUAGAUGUAUAUUUUACCUUAAAGUUUUCUUCUUUAUAAAAGUGUUUAUUUCUUAUGAAAAGGAAAAAUAACAAGCAACAUAUACUACUAACAUAUACUUCACAAUAACAACAAACCAUUGUAAGAAUGAAGAAACACCAGCUGUUGCUUAUUAAUUUUAAUAUCACAAAAAUAUUCUUCCACUAUUUACCAAUAAAUAGAUAGGGAGAUAGGUAGAAGAUAGAAGAUAGAUACAUAGAAAGAUGAUAGAUAGAUAGAUAGAUAGAUAGAUAGAUAGAUAGAUACAUACAUACAU